AUGGCAGGAAUCAAGGCUUUGAAAAAGGCCAUUCGAGCGACACAGCAUGAUCCACCUGGUGUCACAAAACAAACGAUGGAUCAAGGAGACGGAUUGAGUAAAAGGAAGAAAAAGAAGAAUGCCGCAAAAAAGUUAAAGGCAUUCUGGGAGAAAAAGAAGCAACAGCAAAAGAAUCUCAGUCCAAAUGCUGACGAGGUAUCUCUCAAAGACGCCGCCAUGCAACUUCCAACCGGCAAGACGAGGCACCAGACGGCAGGCAAACCAAGCGAUGUCUUGUCACCAAGAACUGCUCCGGAAUCGGUCGAUUCUCCGUUGCACCGACUUCCUGUCCUCCCAAAUCCCAAUCACCCUGAACACUAUACUGCAGAGCAAAUCUUUCGACGCCAACAGGAAGCUCCCGGCACGAAGGGAAUGGAAAUUAUGGAAGUUGUUGUUCCUUCCGAUUAUGAUGCACAGAUUGGAAACAUUUCACCCAUUUCCAUGGACAACAGUGCCUUUUAUCCGCAAUCACGAUCACUUCGGCAACAAUCGGGAGUGCCCGGUCGCUUCGACCCACCUACUACUCACUAUACCGAAGGGUUGGGCGUUGAACUUGCCUUGCAACUGCCAUCCUUGCAGCAACGUACCAGGAGAGGAGGAGGUAUUGUUUCGGAAGAUCUCGCUUCCGAGACUGAAUCAAGUACACGUGGCCGCAGCCGCGAACGAGCACGAAGCGUGAGUGCUUUCAGUCGUCGUCGGAUUCGACCCAACUCUGGGGACAGAACCCGGCACGACGACGAACCACAAGAAGUUGAUCCCAUUUUCAGCACGGCCAUCGAUUUGACAGACGUCGAAAAUGAAGAACAAGCCAUGAAACUAGUAUUGCGCUUGAAUGGUCCAGCCAAUGCCUUUGACAAUAUUUCGAAUCCCCUGACCGCUGUUCCCAACGUCUUUGGAAGCCUCACUGAUUUACUCAAGGAUCCCCCUGUUGCAGGUGAGGAAGAUGAUCGGAGUGAAGUCAUCGGAAGCUUCAAGGCGGAUUCCAGCAAAGGUGAAGUAGAUGAAAGAGACGAACGGGUCAAGAGAGAGACUGUGGAUGUCAUGAAGAAAGAGUCUACUAAGGGUGCACCAUUUGAUCCCAUUGACUUAACCGAAUGCGACUUUCGACUGCUGGUGAGAAAACCAGCGGAAGCCAUCAACGUUGGAUUCGUGGAAGAUGCGGAUGAUGCCUAUGAUGAAAUGAUCCAAACAAGCCAUAGCAUUGUCACCAAGGCUACUCAUCGUAUGCUUGGCCGGAACAAUACAUGGUAUCUGGGAUAG